AUGAGUUUGAAGAUGACAAUACUGAUCCUUGGCCUGUUGGCCAUGCUCCUUUUGGCCUCCUCAGAGGUGGCCUCCUCCAAUGCCAAAGAGGUAUUUGUUUUAGUGACAAAUGGAGUUGGUGAUGCCAAAUAUCCGGGUGGAGGCAAUGGUGGUGGCUAUCCAGGAAACGGUGGUGGAUAUCCUGGGCAUGGUGGUGGCUAUCCUGGACAUGGUGGUGGAUAUCCUGGUCAUGGUGGUGGCCACCACUGUAGGUAUGGCUGUUGCGGUGGCCGGACAUACAACGGAGAUUGCAGAAGGUGCUGCUAUUACGCUGGUGAAGCUGUUGCUGCACAAACUCAGGAUAAAAAUCAUAAUUGA